UCAGAACGAAGAGUUGAGGGUAGAACUGUCGAAGCUGAAGGCUGAGAGGAGAACGGCUCAGAACUCUUUGUUCAAGCUGAAGAAUGAAAUACAGCAGCUUGAAAAAAGUCGUGAUGAUUGCAACGUCAUGCAGCAUAAAGUUGAGCUGGAAAGAGAGAAUCUCACAAAAGAAGGCAAAAACCUGAACACUUUGCAGAAACACUAUAGAAACGUGACUAUAGAAAUUGAGGCUUUAAAACAUAAGAUAAAGUUAUCUGGGGAUGAACAUCAGGCUCUGUUAGAAGAAUACCAAUCUUUAAAAAGGGAUUUAGAACAGAAGACCAAGGCGGAAGUGGAGUUGGAUGGUUUGAGGAGAGAAAGUUCAUCUCUCAACAACGUCAUAGACACACUAAAGCAAAAGAUUCAAAGACAAAAGGCUGAGCUUCAACACCUCCCUGGCCAUGUGAACAGCAUGCUUUCUGGAGGAACAGCCAGCUCUUAUGAUCCUCAGACUCUGUCCAGGAUAGUCAAUGACGAACGCAUUGCUGUCAAGAAUUUAAAACAGGAAGCCAGAGACCUGGAAACCCAACUGCGUGAAGUAGAAGAAUCUUCUACAAGCCAAAGAAGUUUAAGGAUCGACCUGCAAGGAGUGUUGGCUGAGAGAAAAUUGGUGGAAGAAUAUAAUUCCAAGCUGAAAAUGGGCAUCCAAAAACUUCAGAAUGAACUCAAAGACAAAUCAAAAAUAGAAGAUGAACUUGUGGCACAGCGCAAGGUUCUUGUGACUCUAAAAGAAGAAGAAGAGGAGAUGGAAAAAGAAAGUCAGAGCAUCAAGGCUGAAAUCUUGGAUCUUCAACUCAACAAAAGCAAACUGGCUGAUGAAAAACAGGCCCU